GGCUAAAAAAAUAUUCCCUCUCUCUCUCCACGUCAUCGUCUUCGCUCCAUCCGCUACCCUGCAAAAAGCUCCUAAAACCCUUUUUUUCCCCAGAUUUCCACCUCUCCUUCUUCAUCUUCACAAACCCACCCACAAAAAACCCUUCGACUUUUAUCAGUUUUCAAGUAAAGUCUCUGUAUUGAUCAAGAUUCAAUCUUGUUAGGGAUUUUUAGGUGAAAAUUGAAGAGCAUUGAGGAAUAAUAGAUCAAGAAGGGGGAAAGGGUAACUAUGUCUUUUAUUGGGACACAGCAGAAAUGCAAAGCUUGUGGGAAAACAGUUUAUCCGGUGGAACUUUUAUCUGCUGAUGGUGUUGAUUAUCACAAGUCAUGCUUUAGGUGUAGCCAUUGCAAAGGUACCCUUAAGCUUAGCAACUACUCAUCAAUGGAAGGUGUACUAUACUGUAAGCCUCAUUUCGAUCAGCUGUUCAAGGAGAGUGGAAAUUUCAACAAGAACUUCCAAUCACCUGCAAGGUUUGCUGAGAAUUUAACACCACAUCUGACGAAAUCACCAAGUAAAGCUGCUGGGAUGUUUUCCGGCACCCAAGAGAAAUGUGCGACUUGUGGCAAAACAGCUUAUCCUCUUGAAAAGGUGACAGUGGAGAACGAAGCGUACCAUAAGUCCUGUUUCAAGUGCUCCCAUGGGGGAUGCUCGUUAUCUCCAUCAAAUUACGCAGCGCUAGAAGGGAUUUUAUACUGCAAACACCAUUUCUCGCAGUUAUUCAAGGAGAAGGGCAGCUACAAUCAUCUUAUUAAGUCCGCCUCCGUCAAACGCUCUGCCGCAGCUACAGCUGCAGCGGCCGUAGCAGCCACCGCUGUUCCUGAAGCUUGAAAGUUGAAAUAGGAUUUUGAAAUCUAUGAUCUUACAAAUAGACGGUUGAUUUGUUUUGAUUUUCAUUUUCAUUUGGCAAUCGUUGAUGAUCGAUUUCGAUGGGAAACUGGUUUGAUUGUAUUUACCGAUGACUGUAUUUUCCAAAGAUGUAUUUUGGGCAUUUCUGGUAGACGCAAUUGUUGGAAA